UUAUCUUCAAAAGCCGUACAACUGGGAUACGUAAAAAACCAUGAAAAUCCAAUUAAUAGGAUUUCUCAUGAACUUUUGGAUUUCUUUUUCACUUGCUUUGUAUUUUCACAGUGGAGAAAGAGAAGAGAAAUGUAUAAUUGAAGAUGUUCCCAGAGACACGUUGGUAAUUGGGAAUUACAAAGUACAACGCUGGGAUAUACAUAAACAAGACUUUCUUGAAUCUGCUCCUGGUUUGGGAAUGUUUGUGACUGUCACAACUCCUUCUGCUGAGGUACUAUUGUCAAAACUGUAUGGGCCACAGGGAACAUUUUCUUUUACAUCCUAUCUAUCUGGGGAGCAUAUUAUCUGUUUACAGUCUAACUCCACAAGAUUUGUGGCAUUUUCAGGAAGUAAACUGGAGCGUGAAGAAAAAUUUCGAAAGAUGAGUGAAGAAACCAACAGCAAUAUUUUGUGGUGGGCUAUUGUACAAACACUAAUACUCAUAUCCAUUGGAGUCUGGCAAAUCAAAUCUCUCAGAGAUUUCUUUAUAUCUAAAAAGCUUGUUUAA